AUGGCCGUCCAGAACCCCCCGGUGCCAGAGGAGAAGCUCGGAGUCCCCUCUCGCAACCCUCUACCUCUCUCCGCAUCACAAGAAGCACAAGUCCGAGACAUAUUCUACCAAAAAGUCCGAAAAGAAUGCGCCGACGAGAUCAAAGGCACGUCCCCCUCCACCACCUCCAUCUCUACCUCAACCACCAACUUCACCCCCAAAAUACAACUUCAACAUCAGGCCACUGACAAACCCCAGCAUUCGCCGCAUGCGCCCUCGGCCGCACAUUCACCGUCUCCUUCGCCUGCCGCGCCGAACACCGCUCCAUGA